AUGCCUUCGAUUACAGCUUCCGAGGCAGUACAGCCCGGCUUCGGUGAAUUGCGGCGCGCCAUGUUCGCUCUGGCUGCGGUGUGGUGCCUGGGUGUGCUGACUACACCGGACUCAGUCUCGGCACAUGACGUUGACGUCUUGCCGUAUGUGCUGGGGACAGUUACCCGGCCACCCGAGUGGAUCGCAGCACACAACAAAAAGGAUCGCAAAAAGUUCAAAGAGGCUACAUGCUCCUUUGGCGCUGUAGGACUGGUGAGCAACUUGGCAAGGUUGAGCUUCCAGAUCAAGAACAUCGUGGAGCAGUGUCCCAAGUCUGCAGAGGACUCGAUGUCACACCAACCGGGGGACGAGGCUACCAUCGCGGAGAAGGUGUGCUUGCUAAGCACCACAGCCAUCUUUGCAUCGCUGGCACAGAUUUCUCGCUCCAUCGUCGUCCUGGCAUCGACCUGCACAAGGACAGCUUCUGUAGCUGAGGGCUGUGCUGCUUCGGUGCUGACAUUGCUUGUGCCUUGGUCCUUGAUCAUCGAUGGGGGCGUCAUCAUCUCUGAAGCGAAGCUGCACCAGCAAGCCGUUGGUGCAGUGUGCGAUAAAGCUGUCUCCGACGCGGACCUUCUUCCGAAGGGCAUUCAGCCCGGCCGACGGCUGAGCGAUAUGGAGUUACCCAAGUCGAGGCAAGCAGAAAUAGCCCAGUGUGUCUUCGAUGCGGUGGACGCCUCCCGCGCGAUUGCAUCCAUAGGGCUUGCACUGGAUUUGGUGAGCAGGUCAUGCCCUGUCAACCGAAUCACUCGUUUCACUGAAAAGCUGAGUACGGCUGCCUGCACUGUCGAUGUCUCCAUACUUCUGACCGCUUUCACGAAGCUGACAUUCUAUCUGGCCUUGGCCGUAAAUCAUUGCUCCCCGUACAAGGAACGAGAUGCUGUCUGCCUGGCGGGCGUCUCCGCGAUCGCCGCCGGGCUCAGCACGACCGCUGCCGGUGGUGCAGGCACCUGGGCCACCUGCGAAGUGGGCAACAAGAACAAGCUGAUCAAAGAGCUCGCGGCCAAGAAUGCCGCCCAAGAAGCGACCGCUGAGGCAGAAGUGCAACGAGCCAUUCUCCAGGCUGCGCCCUUCAACGUCGUCCGCAGGCUCCACUCGGAAGAGAACUCCAGUGCAGGUGGCGAAGUGAGAAGACUGGAGGAGACCUUUCUCCGUCUCGGCUACAAUCUGUCUGAUGACCAAGCCGACUGGUUACAGGAAGGCACCGAGAUCUUGGAGCUUCGCAGCUUCGCAGAUGAUGUCGUCAGGCAGAUGCAGACCUUCAGGCCUGUACAGCCUGCCGCAGAGACAGACACUCUCAAGCUGGAGUUGUCAGAGCUCUCAGAGAUUCCGGCGGUGCCCGCCGAUCUACACAAUGAGUCGGAGACGUUGCUAUGUAGCACGAACACCGCAGCUUUGGAGUUCAGAAGCGGGCUCGCUGGCCAGGCACCGACGCUCGAAGACAACGUCUCAGCCUGCCAAGCGCGCUGCUCGAGGAUUCCCAGCUGUGCAGCCUUCGCGUACUGGAAGCCGGGGCGCCAAUGCCACGCCUUGGGCCACCUCCGACUACCAACUGCACGCCCCCAUGGGACAGACGGCUGGGUCUCCGGGCCUCCGGGUUGCCGAGAGGAACAAGUCAGCGCAGCUGCACGGGUGCUUGCAAAACGUCAUCGUGACUGCUACCAUCCGCAUGCGUCGCAGCGCGUGAUCGCAGCAGAGAUCAGCGACAUGCUGACACGGUGCAAAGCUGAGCGCUUUGACUUUGAGCAGAAUCUCCGCGAGCUCGAAGAAGUGCAGGCGCGACUGCGGGCGCUCAUCGUGAAGGCUGGAGAGCAGGAGAUGCGGGUGACGACCAAAGCCGGAGCCGCCCGCAAAGAAGGAGAUGCAGCGGUUGAGGCUGACUUGGCUCUGGACUGGUCCCUCCCAUCUCUGCCGCUGGACGUUCUGAACGCGAUCCUCUGGUGUCUUGAUUGUGACAGCCUACGCCGUGCGAGCAGCUGUUGCAAAGAGUGGGGCUCCAACGUUGAGGAGCGCUGGCUCCGACUCCUUCGAGCGGAUUUCGGCACCACAGCCACGAGCAUGCAGCGAUCACAGGGCCGGAAGCCGGCGGCAACCGCACUGGCUGAGUACCGUGGGCGCCUCCGCCGAUUCCGGGCCAUGCUGGGGACCCUACAGACCCUCAAAGGUAGCGGUUGCCCCACCGGCGUCACCGGCUCGGCCUCGCGACGUCGGCUCUUCGAGGCCCUGGAGAUGCUGGCAGAGCUGGGAGCCGUCUGGGAGAGCAAUGCAGUGUACCCUUCGAAGGUGCCGGGCGUCUUGAAGAGCUCUGAGGCCUGGCGGACCUUGCUGGCACUGCUGGAAGAUGACAGCCCACACCUGCAGUGGUUAGCUGUGCGCUGUCUUGCUGACUUGGCUGCCUCCCCGGAAGCUCAAGAAGCCGCCGAAGGCGAGAUUUGUCUCCGGCUGCAGAUUCGGGAAGAGGUUGUUCGGAAAGGUGUGCUUGUGCGCGCCCUGCUGGAGGGUGAUGACAUCGACCUAGUCGAGGCGUUCUCCCGGCUGAUGCUGAACCUUCACGGCUCGAAGCCGGGAGGUCCGCUCGGAGCUGCACAUCGUGGACCGUUGGCCAUGCUUGAGGCUUCAGGCUGCCCAUUGCCUUCCUCCGGCCUCGAGACAGACAAGACGCGCAUCCUGGAUGUCGCGACGGCACUGCACUGGGCGCAAGCGUGGUCUGGUCUGUGGAUCGGCGAAAUGUGCUACGCUCGAGGUGGCGAUGCUCACGCGGGGCUGAGGCUUAUCCUGGGUCUUCAAGGCGAUCCGCAGGUAGACCGUGCGACGGAGGCGCUAACAGCCGCAGCCGCUGAAAUGGACGUCUCUCAGCAACCUUCUUCAUCCAGCAGUCGGCGGAGCGGCCGCGCUGGAGGGAGCGCCGAGUACUGGCGCUACUUCGGAUUUCUGGCAGACACCGACUUCGACUGCGAGACAGAGACGGUGCGGUACAUCGAGGAACAGAUUCGCCGCCGGCGAGAGCCCUCGUCGAUUGCCGAGGUAGCUGCCAACGCGCUGUGCGCCUCAUCUGGCAAGGACCUGAUGCUUGUCGGUGCUGGGUGGAACGAGCAAAACGGGCUGUUCACUGUCGAGGCGCAGCUGCCAAAGGUGCCAAGCUCUGCGACAGGUGGAUCUGGCGCUGUUCCAUUGAGGCUGGUCUUGAAGUUUGCCCACAGCUGGAGUACCUACGAGCUGACUGCUUUCUUGACCGACGGCACCUGCGAUGCUGGUGGCAAGUUGCGCAAAGUCCCGACGCUCUAUGGCGUCUGGGCAACCACGCCGUCUCAACACCGGCACCUCUUCGUGCUUCGGCGGGCAGGGACCCUCGAGAGCCUGGCUUAG